UCAACGCGUUGUUAUGGAGUCGGCCUAAUUGAAAGCAUAGAAGAUCCCGAAAGUUUCUUUGUGUGUUUGAUGUACUUUUAAUUAAAGCUACAUUUUAUUUGCUUUCUCUAAUAUUAAAACUAAAUGUCCAUGGAUCGGCUGGAGGUGUUGCGAGAGCGCAAUAAACAGUUACUGGACCAGUUGAGGCAGCAUGGAGAGAAACUGGAGCGGCUGUGCGGCUGCCGUGAAAGCCGCAAGAGGGAGAGAGAGGAUGGAGCUGAGGAGAGAAGACCACUUGAAGAAACGAUCGGGAUGACCGGUGGAGACCGCGGCCCUGCAAGGGCGGCCCUAGCCAAGUCUUCCGUGAAGUUUGCCGACACUUGUGAGAAAAGAACAGUCAUCAAAAAGACUGUUUUCACACCAUCUUUCACCAAACACAGAGAAGGAACUGCUGAACAAACAGUUAAAUCAGAUCUCAUUAGAGGCAGCAAGAAACAAGACACAGAGCCAUUCAGCACCAAGUCCUGUGUAGUAAAUCCGAGCAAAGGACAGAGGGGUGUGCAGAGCAGGGUCACGUUUCAGUCGGACGAUUUCAAAGACGUCCUUGACCCAGAGAGGCGUCACCUACCACCCUUACUCGGAUACGACUGGAUAGCAGGAGUGCUGGAUACUGAGGACUCCUUGAUAGAGCGCUCAGACGAGUUCUUCAAUGAUCUCUGUGUAUUUCGAUCGCUCAAUAAGGACGAGUGUGUCCACAGUGGACAAACCGAAUUCUCUGAGGGGAACCAGCCAGUGACACAACUGCUAACAGACAAGGAUGGCCCACAAGCUAACAUGGACACUCAUCAGUGUACAUUCUCUUACAGGAUUAACAGCAGACUGUUCCCGGUCCCCCUCCACUCUCAGGAGUGCUGUCCCUUGUGCAAAAAGCCUAAAUCCUCCCACCCUCACACUGUUGCUGAACCUGCUCUAAUCAGGGUCAGCAUCCCUCGCACCAGGCUUCUGCCACCUUACAUAUACAAAGCUCAUCGGCGAUGCAGCUUUGACCCUUCUGACAGUUUAGGAUUACCAUCGCACUGUCUAUCAGGGUGGUCCAACACAGGGCAGAGCACCCUGCCACCACCCAGCAGCCUCGACCUGCAGAGCAGUGUUAAUGUGAAGAACCCAAAAGGACCACUGAAUAAACAACUGGAGGAUCGGUCUGCACUGAGGGUGUCUCAUAACCCAAACCAGAUCUCAGAUGUGGCUCGCUUAGCUCGUCACAACUUUCAACGGUUUAAUCCAAAAAGAAGAGUGGGCGGCAUAUCUUACCCUCCUUACCCUGCGUGCUGAUAAACUAUCAAAGUAUACUGAGUGGGCUUUUUCUUUGUUUGUUUGUUUUAAGCGCCAAAACUGAAAACCUUGAGCGGAUGUCUAAAAAGUUUUGUGAUAGAUGACAGAUUAGAUUAAUUUAUUCACGUCUGUACAA